UCUUUGUUUCUCUGAAGGUCUCAACCCUGUUGCCUCUGAAAUAAAGGGUUGGGUUAUAGUUGGCCUACUUCCUCAGCUAGUGUUUUUUUUUUACUGGUGGCUUAUUCACUUUCUUGCUAAGAGUUAGACAAGAAGAUUGAUUCCACUCUCAUAUCAGUAUGUUCCAGCAGCCCGUUAGCUUAGCUUAGCAUAAAAACUGGAAACAGGGAAACAGCUAGCCAGGCUCUCUAUAGGUUACAAAGUCCGCCUACCAGCACCUCUAAAGCUCACUAAUUUACAUGUUAUAUUUUGUUUGUUUAAUCCCAACAAACACCGAUGUGUGCAUUUUACCAAACUAUUUCUUGGUCUUGGGACCAGUUGCCUGGCAACCAGCAGAGACUCUGGUCCCGACCAAGAAAUAGUUCAGGACAUAACUUUUCAUAAAACAGUGAUUAUCCAUUUUUACACUUCAGUUUUUGUACUGUCUUUGUGCUAAGCUAAGUUAGCCAGCUGCUGGCUGUAGCUUCAUAUUUACUGUGCAGACAUGAGAGUAUCUAACUAAGUGUAGGCCUAUUAUCCAAAAAUGUCACACUUUUCCUUUAAAGUGAUACUGUCACCUUUGAAAGAAUAUUGCUGAAUCAGUUCAGGCAUUUACCAUUAUCCCGUAACGGUCACUGCUACCCACAUUGGCAGCAAAAGUUAAAUAGUUUCGCUUUAAAGCCCCUUUGUGUAGAAUUAUUAUGUGAUAAUAGCAUCUUUCAAAUCACUGUGAUGGCAUAGGUGUGGCAUAAUUAUGAAAAUUGAGACAAUCCUGGUGAAAAUUGGUGUAGUGUAUAUGUGGUUUCAUUCAUUCACUGUGUCCGGGGGUGUUAGAAAUGUACUAAUUCAUAAGUUCAUACGGACCUAUAUACAUUAAAUACUGCAUACUGAUAACCAAGUGAGAAGAGCGUUUUUGUGUAUCUACAGUAUCUCGUAUUCAACGUACAGCAGACUUCUGCAAUGGCUACGUGUUUACACGUCACUUUUAAACAUUGUAAAGUAAUUUAGAGGUACUGGAAUCAAUUACAGCAUUAUUACCAGGCAGGGCACUGUUUACUAAGAGUGCAAUUUGGCUCUGGAUUAAUAAAAAAUGUCUUUAUGUGUGUACGGAUAUUUAUGCAUGUGUAGUGUCUGCAGUGUUUUUUCCCCCCACAUGUUUUAGGUAUAAAUACGAAUAAUGAAUAGGAAAGAGCAGUGGUCAACCACAAGACAAACAACAUGGUUUGCAUUUUAGAUCAAUCGGAUGACUUCAUGAAAACAAAAUGUUACAGAAAUGUUAAAAAGAAACAUCAGACAGCGUGUAUCUGCAGUGUUUGCCAAAGAGAAAGGUGUGUGUGAGAAACCUGCAGACCAGCAACAGGUGAUUAUCUCCUUAUCCACACAAACUCUCUUGUGAGAGAUACAGUAAUGCACACACACACACACACACACACACACACACACCAAGACCAGUGGUCGGAUAACAGAUCCGGAGUGCAAACAUGAACCCACGUGCACACACACACACAGAGAGACACACUUAAAUAUAUUUUCCACCAAAGCCUCUAACUGUAGAUCGACUGUAAGGUGAGGUGGAGACAUUGUGCUUACUGGUCUAUGAACUGACUGAUGGACGUUUGACAUGUUUUAACUAAGCUAUCCUUUUCUGCUGAACUCAGUGAGGAUGGUGAAACUGUGAGAUAGCAUAUGGAACAUCUGGAUGGAUAGAAACUGAACGUUCAGCACAGUGAACCAGAGUGAGAAGAACAACAAGAGGAUCUUAACCAAGAAGCUACAGGACGACAACUUGAUUUCAGCUCUGUCAUAUAGGCUACAAAGAGAUCUUUCACCGCAGUUAUCUUGAAAGCAGUUGUGAAAGCAGAGUGACUAUGGACCCGAGGAACGCCCCCUCCUAAUGUCAGCCGAGGCCACGCCCAGCAUGGAUGAGCUGGACAUUGGGGAAGAUGUCAGGAAAGAAACAUCUACCAACCAGCCAGGGUUCUCCCAGGCAGACGCCGCUCUGCUAUACCCCCCUCCGCGGUCCCCCGACCCGGUCAGCCCGCUGACUCACCUGGGGACGCUGCUGGCCGGACACGACGCACCGAGGACCGGCGGAUGGGACAGGAGACCGGACCUGGGAUUUCAAGGCUGUCAGUUACUGGGAACAACAAGGUUACCAGGAAGAGAAUCUCACGCAGACCAGAGUGUCACCAUCCUGCACGCCAAGGUCGCUCAGAAGUCCUACGGCAACGAGAAAAGGUUCUUCUGCCCUCCUCCUUGUGUUUACAUCAGCGGCCACGGAUGGAGAGUCAUGCAGAACCAUCUGAAAGAGGCUGGCUAUGGAGACUCUGUAUAUCGACUCUCUGGUUACAUGUGUCUGGACAGCUCCAGUCAGUCUCAGGCAGACGCAUUCAAACUGCUCUUCGAUUACCAGCCAAACUCCAGGAUGUUUGCCUGUGCCAAGUCCCUGUUCAUCUCCGAUCAGGACAAGAGGAAGCAUUUCUGCCUGCUGCUGCGACUCUUCUUGGGCAACAGACAGGAAGUGGGUUCGUUCCACAGCAGGAUGAUCAAAGUCAUCUCCAAACCCUCCCAGAAGAGACAGUCCAUGAAGAAUGCCGACCUGUGUAUCUCAUCAUGCUCCAGAGUAGCUUUGUUCAACCGUUUACGCUCGCAGACGGUCAGCACUCGUUACCUCUCAGUGGACAGAGGAGCUUUUAUAGCCAGCGCCAGACAGUGGACAGCCUUCACCAUCACCAUGGUGGAGGACCAGCGUGCUGACCAAGGGGACUUUGUGCUGAGUGAAGGCUUCAUCUGUUACGGCUGUGUGGUCCAGUUAGUGUGCACCGAGUCUGGAGUAUCUCUGCCACCCAUGGUGAUCCGUAAGGUCAACAAGCAGCACGCCAUCUUAGACGUGGACGAGCCGGUUUCUCAGCUCCACAAGUGCGCCUUCCAGUUCAGAGACAAUCCACAUGCAUACCUGUGUUUAUCCAAUGACACCAUCAUACAGUACCAGGCCCUGUCCAAUGUCAAAGACCCCAGCAGAGUGGUGCUGAACGACGGAGCCUGCUGGACCAUCAUCGGAGUGGAAGCAGUGGAGUUCACCUUUAAUCAGGGUCUGGCCUGCAUCCAGACACCAGUCACUCCUUUUCCUGUUAUCACUGGGUUAGAGGUGAAUGGUGGAGGACACGUUGCCAUGUUGGAGAUCCAAGGAGAAAACUUCAGCCCUCAUCUCAAAGUCUGGUUUGGCAACAGCGAGACAGAGACCAUGUUCAAGUCUCCCAAAUCUCUGCUCUGCGUCGUUCCUGACGUCUCUGUGUUCAGUGAUGGUUGGCGCUGUCUGCGACGCAUCAUCACCGUCCCUCUGUCUCUCAUCCGAUUGGACGGCCUGAUUUAUCGCACGUCCUUCAGUUUCACCUACACCCCUGAGCUCCAGCCGCCGCCGUUUGUCCGAGGAGCAGCGGGAGGAGGGAAGAGAGACGGAGGGAUGGAGGGAGGCCAGGAGGACGACGUGCUGUUAGAGAGCAUCCAUCAGGAGUUCACCAGAGCCAAUUUCCACCUCUUCAUGCAGAGUUAGCUCACCUGUUGACCCCUCAGUCCUCAGGUGAAUGUUUGGAGUCUGAUUAUCUGGUGGAGAUCAAAGCAAGAAACUGAUUUUUGGUUUUGGAUCAAUGCUGGUCCCGUGUCAGUGAACUGUGUGCAAAUGUUGACUCAUUCUGGACCACAAUAUUCCCUCCCCUGAAGAUAUCAUGCAUAGUAAAUUGUGUGGGAAAAAUACUGAUUUGUCCAUCAUCGUAAGCAAGGCCAUACAUAUCCAAAUUAAAUCCAGUUCACAUCAGUUCCUCCACAUUGUUCAGAUUGUUUUAGAAAAGGUGCCAGAGUUUGAACAUACAAGACGCAAGGUUUUUUAUCUUAGGUAGUGCAUUUAGGAAACAAUGGUGCCAGUCUUUUUUUAAAGAACUUAUUAGAUAUAUUUGAGAGAUAACAGGGAAUGAGGGAGAGAGAUGCAACAAAGGUCCCCUGCCGGACUCGAACCGGGGACGUUGCGAGUAGGCGAUUUGGGGGCAUCCCCUUGUUAGCAAAAUGGCCAAAAUCCGCCCCCCUUGUUAACCUGCUCAAAAGAUGCUCUGUGCUUUGUGUCGUAGUGGCGCUUCACAUUGCAGCUUUGAAUAAUCGCCACGAUCUGGGAACAAACGAGACAUUCUGGCUUUGAACUUCCUGUGGGGAGACUGAACAUGGAAGAGUCUGUUCUCGAUUAAAAGCUGUUUUCGCUGUCUGCGUUUCUCUUUUUAGAGCACGCCAUGUGAAAUGAUUUCUCCGACUCUGUCCCUGUCUGUGUAUCUCAUUCACUGACUCCCUUGUGGAUGAGUCUCAACCCAGAAGCAGUUGGUGCUGGCACCUUUAAUUCUAAAAGUUAUAUUCCUAUGCUACUAAUUUACAUUAGAUAAAAUAUGUUUUGGGAGAAACGACAUAACACCAGGACUAUGUUUUACGCCACCUUAUCAAAGUCACUUUGUACACUCGUUCCCUCCCCGUCUUCCACACCCAUUCAAGUCCCUGUGGUGCAAGUCAUCUGCCUUUCUGAAGUGCCGUUGAGCCAGACGCUGACUCCUCCCCACGUCCAGAGAUGCUGCUCUGACCUUUGACAUCUGUGAAGGCAGGCAAGCAAAAAGAGACUUUGCCUCCACAGAGUUAUAAAGUAAUAAAUAUUAUAUUAUCCGCUGCCAGCAAUAAGAAAUUGUGUUUAAAUGCAGCAUACCUUACAGUGAAUAUUAACACUAUGACAAUGAGCAAACACCAUGAGUGACACCACCCUGAUCUCUGUAGCUACCAGAGAGACGUUUAUACGAUGUGUUCAGCGUCACUGAGAGGUGAUAAAACAGCCAAGAGUGGAAAAUGAACUGCGAAUGCCUCAGAGGAAAACAGAGAGCUAUAGAGAGCUAUAGAGAGUGAGUGAAUGCAGUGAGCAGGAGGAUGUUUUUUCUGGAGAAGUGACACGCGAGCCGAGGGCAGAGUGUUGUGAGAGAAAGCAGCAGUGAAACACUGUCUGCUUCCCAUUUGAUCCUUCGAGAGACUUUCAACUCAAUACUCUGCGAAAAGAUGGAAGCAAGAGUGUAAUCUGAGUGUGAUUCGUCUCUGGGUGUCGUGUGUGUGUGUGUGUGUGUGAAUGGCACUUUGUUGCUCAACUGUAACUGUAAUAAUUCACGUGGGUUUCGCUGUGAAACAGCAGCACAGGCAACUCCCAGAGCAUCUUUCUGAAUGUUUUCAAAUACUUCAGAGCUUUGGUGAGUGAUGUAAGAGACUCACUACAUUUUUAGUUGAGUUCAAUUUAGGCAAAAUGACGUACAGCCACUUAAAUAUGAAAAAACAUAUUAUCAAAUAGUGCCUGUGAGAAAAGCAGUGCACCUUUAAAAAUUUAAUCAAACAGACCAGGAUGGAGCCACCUUUUAAAUGUUUAAAAUUUCAAAUAUCAUGAAAAUGAUUACUCAAUAUUACCCAUCAUAGUGCAGUUUAGUUUCAAGCAAAACCGUUAACUACGUCAUGCUGAAAUGACUUUAGGGAAUCAUGUUCAGUUUAUACACACAGUCAUAAACACUGCCAGUGUGAACUCUUGAAGAGCACCGGUUUUCUCUUAGCUACAAACUAAAUGUACGACGUGGUUCAGACAUGACCAGACAGUCUGCUUUUCCCCACAAGGAAAAAAACACUUGUUUGACUUGAAUUAAUUAUAUAUUAUUAAAAUGAAUUUUAAAUAUGAUAGCAAAAUCCACCAAAAUGGAAUGUAAAACAAACUAUUCUGUUCACUACAUCAUCAUCAUUAUCAUCGUGGCUCGUCAAUUAAUUGAGAGUUUUAUUUAGAUUUUAUGAUUUCAUUGGCAUAUUUUGGCACAGCUAAUUAUAGGCUACAUUUCAGUAGUUGCUAGGAAAGUUCUCCCGCUGUGACAGCUGCCUCAGGGUAGCUGCAGGUAGCUGUCCAGGUGAACAUCACCGAUCCAUCAUAACAGCUGACAGUGUAACAUCACCUACUGUACAAUAUUAUUUCGUCCAUGUCCAUGACUGUCACGUCCCCUCGAAUGCCUCCCAUCUGCUUUUUAAAUACAUUUUUAGCGUUGAACUUCAUGCCAAGUCACUCCCUAUUUACAGUACAGCGCUGCUCAGAUGGCGUGUCGUUAGCAACUGUUCUAUUAAUAUUUUCUAAUUGUUUUGGAUGCUCAAAUACGACUGCUGACAUUACAUUAAACUACAUUCUGUUUUUGUCUGUUGAUUUGUAACAGCGAGACUUGAA